AUGCAUGGUCGCGUAAAAGUCAAAACUUCAGCCCAAAAAGCGGCGGAAAAAGAAGCUGAGCGAGCGCGAAAGCUUCAAGAAUUCCAGAAGAUAAAGAAGAAGCUCUACGAGCCCUCAGAGUCCAAGGUUCCCACGUUCAAACAACUUUUGGAAAGCACUAAUGAAUUUCUCCCGCCAAUGGCAGAUUAUUUGAGCCAGAGUUCGACUCUGGCGUAUUACAUGAAGGACUGGCCGAUUUUGUGGCAGCUUCGGCUCACGGCCCUCCGGCGAAUGGCCACUUCAAAACAAGAAAAAUCCUUGGAGACGCUUGAACAAGAACUAGAUCUUACCUUCAAUUGUCUUGUAGACAGUCCAAAGUCAUAUUCGACCUGGGCGCAUAGGCGAAACAUUCUCAAACUUAUCCGGCAAUUUGACGAAGAAAAAGGCCUAGAAAUUUUGAAAACAGAAGUUGGGCUGACGGAAAGGAUGCUGAUGAGCAGGACCGAAGACCAAGUCGAAAACCAGGGCAGAAACUUUCAUUGCUGGGACCAUCGAAGGCUCAUACUCAACGCACUCCCGCAAGACGCCUUGACAGAAAUUCAGCUGACGACGAAGUUGAUUCAAACCUCUUUCUCCAACUUUUCUGCGUGGCAUUAUCGCUCCAAAUUAUUGAAUCUUGAGGAAGAAGGAGUGGUUGAAAACGAAAUGGAUCUAGUCCUUAACGCUGUCUUCACGGACCCAAGUGAUGCAUCGAGCUGGAUUUAUCACAGGCAUUUGAUUUCCAACGCCCCUGACUCAUCAACAUUAACAAACAUCCUCAAGAGUCACGAAGAAUCCCUCAACGAGCUCCUUGAGUUGGAAAAAGAAGAAGACAACAACAAUUUAGAAAACAUGCCACUUGCUUGGGUGAUCCAGGACGGUCUUGCCGGAUACCUCAACAGUCUGCCAAUUCCAAGAUCUUUCGCCGAUGUUGCGAAUUUGUCCGCGAAAGAUGUCUUGCAUCUUACCCUCUUUUUCGGAACUACUGGAGCUGGUGCGUGGUAUUUGGCCGAGAAGUUGACAACUCCUCACCGACAAAACACGACUGUGAAGCUUGGAAGCGAUAAGGUCGUCGAUACUUUCAAGACUGAGAACAUCGACGGCAAGGCUGUCUACUGCCGAUGCUGGAAGUCCGCCAAGUUCCCCUACUGCGAUGGUGCUCAUAACAAGUACAACAAGGAGACCGGCGACAACCUCGGACCCCUGAUCAUUGCUAAAGAAUAA